CGGCAUUAUUCUCCUCAGCAUAAGCGGCAUCCACCGUGCAUAUUCAGAUGGUGCUGAUGGUGUUUUGUCAUGGUCGAUGUCUGUCCAUGACAUCAUCACUCCUCCUUAUCGAUAAGCAUCCCACGUGACUCUCUACACCAUAACGAAGCAGCCAUCAAGCUUCAAGGUCAGCAUGUUCAUUCCAGGCUCAUGCAUGGCUUUCAUUCUCACUGGUGUCCCACAAAGUUUCACGCGAGGUGUAGGAGCUGCCAAUGGCAGUGAUGAUCGCAGAGCAUGUUGCGCUCAGCCUGACGUCACCACCCGGACGAUGAUGUCGAAGGCACCAAACCGUCACUCUCGCCCCCGUAUACACAGUAGAUAGAUAUAAGAUCGAGUCGCGGUGGACCCGAUCCCACAAUAUAACCUCAGAUCCAAACAUCAUUGACCUUUAAAUACCACAGUAGCCAUAUCAUCACCAUGAGCAGUACGCAGCCUCCCUACUACACCUCCACCUUCGGUGAGCCCAACCAGAACCCCAGCGCAACCACCGCGACCGGGACUCAGGUUGGCGGCAUCACCAGCACCGGCCAGGCAAAUACUGGUCCUGCGCGCACCACUGCUGGACCGCAUCAGUCCGAUCUAGCCAACAAGGCCGACCCCCGCGUGGACAGUGAUCUGAACAACCGCGCCCAGUACGCCCCCGGCACCACCGCUACCGGAAACGUGCACCCCCAGGCCACCCAGGGCGUGUCCAAUCCCCAGAGCUCGACCGCGGGCCCUCACAAGUCCUCUCUGCUGAACAAGCUCGACCCCCGUGUCAACAGCAAGACAGGCGAGAUGUCUUCCAAGUCAACCAACCAGGCCGGCACCGGAGCCAUGCGGGAGCCGACCGAUACAACCGGCGGAGCCGCUUAUCAACAACCAAGCUCGACCACCGCCGCCGGCUACAACAACACCCCGGUUUCCGGAUCACAAACCACCAGCGGAGUGGGAUAUCAGCCCGCGCAGUCAUCCGGUAGCACUUACGGGAAUCAAGGGACCGGCUCUAAGUCGGCCCAAACAGGGGAGGAAGUCGGCCGCGGGGUGAAGUCGGCUGCGGCGGGGAUUCACGUAAGUGCAAGCAGUCUACGGAAUAGCUCCUGAUCCGUAGCGGCCGCGGGCUAUCCGGCACUAACGGACGGCUGAUGCUGACCUGAAACAGGGAGCGGGGGAGUCGCUGCGAGGCGGACUGACUGCGGCAGUCGACAAGGCCUUUGGGCACGAGGAAGGGGCUGCCAAAAACGCGGCGAUUGCUCAAGGGGGGGAACAGGAGAUUCAGUCGGGGAACUUUAGAACGCAGCGGUGAUUUGAACCCGUGUGGGGGGGACCCCAGCCUGUUUUGCAUUUUACGAGUACGAGACACGUUUGUAAUGGAUUAGUUUGCUUUCUGAAGAGGUGUAUCUAGCAUGACGCGGAAUCAAUCGUCUGUCGGAGAGGUAGCU